AUGACUCGCAGGCGUUUCCUGGUGGAAACCGGAGCCCAGAUCGGCGUGGUUCCCCCCACUCCAGUUGACCGCCGCUGUUCCAGCCCUGGUCUACAUCUCCAAGCUGCAAACUGUUCCCCCCUUUACACUUUUGGUAGUCGUUCACUUACCCUAAGCAUUGGUUUACGUCGAUCAUUCUCCUGGAUAUUUGUGAUUGCCGAUGUGCCUCAUGCAAUCCUUGGUUCCGACUUCCUUGCCGAGUUUGAUCUUGUUGACUGUCGGCGUUCCUGUCUCGUCGACCGCACAACUGGUCUUUCUGUCCGCGGUCUUACACCCUUUAAUGACUCCAGCAAUUUAUCUGUUCUGGACACAGGUAUUGGCCGCCUAUGCCGAGACCUGCUCCUCCAACACCCCAACAUAAUCAAACCCCAGUUUCGCAGUGGUGAUGUCCAGCAUGACGUUGUCCACCACAUUCGCACCUCUGGCCCAUCAGUAUUCGCACGGCCUAGACGACUGGCUCCGUCCCGUCUGGAAGCGGCGAAGGCCGAAUUUGAGCACAUGCUGCAACUGGGCAUAAUUCGCCCGUCCGAGAGUCCAUGGGCGUCCCCUCUGCAUAUGGUGCCCAAGGCGACAUCAGACGACUGGCGGCCCUGUGGUGACUAUCGCGCCCUCAACAAUGCGACCAUCCCGGAUCGUUAUCCCGUCCGUCAUCUUCAAGAUUUUGCUGGAGCUCUUUUCGGCAAAUUGGUUUUCUCGAAGAUUGACCUUGUUCGGGCCUUUCAUCAGAUUCCUGUCGCUCCUGAGGAUGUUCCCAAAACUGCCGUCACCACACCAUUCGGCCUGUUCGAAUUUAUUCGCAUGCCAUUUGGUCUUCGCAAUGCUGCCCAAACAUUUUAG